AUGUCACUCAAGAACGUCGCCGUCUUCGGGGCGAACGGCCAACUCGGCCAAAGCAUCACCAAUGCCCUGCUCAAAUGCAAGAAACAGACCUUCAACGUCCUCGCAGUAAUCCCACCCGGCUCGCAGGAGCCCACAGUGCCGAGCUCGUCGAACUACAAAUGUCAAACCAUCGACGUACUGACAGCAUCACGCGAUGAACUCAAGAGUGCUCUGAAGGAAUCGACGCUGUCGUCAGCGCGCUCAACAGCAAAGCCUUGGAUUCCCAAGCCAAUAUCCAGGAUGCAGCCGCCGACGCAUGCGUCAAGCGCUUCUAUCCCAGCGAGUACGGCUUCCACCAGACUUACCACAAGCCAGGCGACGACUGGGGCUACGUGCACCCGAUGUGGGACUGGAAGGCCAAGACUAUCGAGGCGGCUCUGCUGUAUCUAUAUUGUUUUUAUUCAUUUUAAUUACCACCCGGCCGUCGAUUCUGAGAAGAUGAGCUACACGCUCAUCGGCUGCGGCGACUUCUACAACCAGGGCCGCGAGGCUAUAUGGUGUCCGUGGACGCAGCACGAUCCGCCGAACGGCACGUAUACCUUCCACGUCAUCGGUCCGCCCGGCGCAGAGAAGGCGAAGGCGGACUUCACGCACAUCGACGACUUUGCCAACUUCCUGGUCGCCACGCUCGACACCGUCAGCCACGGGGAGAUCGUGGCCUUGCUGGAGAAGUACAGCGGGAAGAAAGUCAGGUUCGAGAGGUACGGCGAGGAUGACAUGCACCGUAUCGUGGCGAAGCCCGAUAGUGCGCCGGAUGAGCUGAGGCAGAGCGCUUUUCCCGUCGACUUCUGGUUUUUGGUUAAGGGUGCGCAGGGUACGGGGACGUUUCGGAGGCCCGGGGCGAGAAUAGUAAUCGUCUCUUUCCGGACGUGA